AUGAUUCGACUAUGGGGCAAUUACUUUCGAGUUGUCAUUGUAUUUAUCAGCUUCAUGUGUCUUGUAUCCGUAUGUGCUAACUAUAUUAUUAUCAAUUUCACAUUUAUUUGUAUGAAGGAUGAUUUCAGUCAAACAAGGAUUAUUAAUGGGACAAUCAGAAGCAUGUAUGACUAUACUCCAACAGAAAAGAAGCAUAUUCUAUGGGCAGUUUCAUUUGGAACUAUCGUUGGUAUAUUCCCUAUUAAUAUGCUUUACGUUCAAUGUGGGGCUAGACUUGCAUUCUUCUCCGCCGGACUUUUAUCUGCAAUGACGACUGCGUUUACUCCGUGGGCGGCGAGCCAAUCGAUGUGGUUUUUGGUGGCUUUAAGGUUCUUACAGGGUGUUGCAUAUUCGGCUGACUUUGCCGCCAUUGGAAUAAUCAUUUCAAAGUGGGCGCCUCUUGACGAGACAGCAGUUUUUAUUGCAACUCUAACAUCUUUCACAGCCAUCUCUUCAAUCAUCACAAACGGAGUGAGCGGAGUGAUCUGUGAAAGCCACUUGGGGUGGAGAUGGAGUUUCUAUUUACAUGCUGCAGCUUGCUUGAUAGUAUUUUUAACAUGGGGAUUGGUUUAUAAAAAUGAUCCGAGUCUUCAUAAAAGUGUCAGUGCCAAAGAGCUUGGAAAGAUUCAAAAGAACAAGUCGGAUGCUCAUAUGAAGGAUAGCAUGCAGAUACCAUACAGAAAAAUAUUCACAAGUCCAGUGGUAAUCACAGUUUGGUUGUGUGCAUUCACAGAACUUUCCACAUUGAUUUUGAUCGCAACUUAUGCUCCAAUUUAUUUCAGAAAUGUUCUGAAAUUUGACAUAAAAAUGAUUGGAUUCUAUCUUGGUCUCAUUCUGGCAAUUCAUCUUCCGUUCAGAUUCGUAUGUGCGCUAUUGAGUGACAAAACUCGAUGUAUAUCAGAAAUGUCAAAAAUACACAUUUUCAACACAUUAUCAGUCGGCUUUGUUGGAAUCUCGUUUAUCGCUUUUGGACAAAUUCCACACGAACAUAACUUAUCGGCAGUGAUUUGUUUGGGAGUUUUAGAAUGUUUUACCAGUUUCAGCAGUGGAGGAUUUUAUAAAUGUGGAACACUUCAUGCGAGGCAAUUCUCUUCAAUUGUAAUAUCUGCAAUUCAAUUUACAAAGUGUAUUGCUCUAUUUUCGGGUCCAGCUUUGGUUGCAUUUUUUGUAACGGAUGAGUCAAAUCAAACACAAUGGAGUCAUGUUUUUAUGACACUUGCCGGUUUCACAUUCUUUGCAAACAUUCUCUCUUACAUCUAUUUCACUGAUCAACCGGCAGAAUGGACGGAAGAGAAGAAUCCAGUGAAAUAUUCGAAAAAUGGAGAUAUAAUUAAAAUUUAAAAUAUCGGAUAUUUUUCUUUACUAAUUCUAUCUUUUAAAACAUGGAGUAUCGUCGAUCGGGGAUUCGUUUAAAAUACUUGAAAUGGUUCAGAGAUAUUAAAAUUUGAUUGAAAUUGGUCUGAAAUAUUUACCUUGAAUCAGAAUCUUUCAAUACAGUGUUUCUGAUUGUACUCCAUAUCUUAAUUACUUACGGGUUUUUACUACUGUUCCAUAUUUUUAAUUUGCAAAAAAAUGUUCUUUAAGCAAAAUUUUGUGAUCCUCGGGUCGGAAUAAAUAUUCUCGGUUUUA